CUCGGGAUCUGGUGUAGGGCCAGUACUACUAAGUAGUACUUUAACAUUUAAUUAAUUAGUUUAAGAAAUUCGAAAAGUUUUCACGGCAGGAUGGCAGCUAUAGACACGAUUAUGCAUACUUUCAUGGGCAACUUUACAGAUCCCAGAGUUGUGAAAUGGACCAUGAUGGGAAGCCCUGUACCCACCUUGAGCAUCAUAGCAGUCUAUUUAUUAUUAGUUCUAUUCAUUUUACCAGCAUUUAUGAAGAACAGAAAACCCUAUCAAAUAACACAAAUCAUUAAGAUUUACAAUAUUUUCCAAGUAGCGACAUGUGUAACAAUAAUUUACAAUACUCUCAAUUCUGGAUGGAUACAGGGUGAAUACAGUAUCGGCUGCGCUCCUGUAGACUACUCUGAUAGGCCGACUGCGGUAAAAAUGGUAUCCCAAUUUUAUUGGCUCUAUUUGCUGAAAGGAGCAGAGUUAAUAGAAACUGUAUUUUUUGCUUUAAGAAAAAAAUUCAACCAAAUUAGCGGGCUGCAUGUCUACCACCACGCAUCCACAUUUUUCCUGUCCUAUAUUGGAUGCAAAUUUAUUGGAGGUGGUAUGGCUUCUGUUCCCCUCAUAGUUAAUUCAUUCAUACAUGUUCUGAUGUACACCUAUUACUAUUUGUCGUCAAUGGGACCAAGGUGGCAAAAUGUUCUUAAACCUUGGAAACCAAGACUUACUAUGUGUCAAAUGAUACAAUUCACCUUAUUGAUAAUUCAUUCCCUAUCCGCCCUGCAACCAGAUUGUGAAGUACCGAAGCAAUUUCUUCUGAUUUACGUUCCCAACGUGAUUGUUAUCUUCAAAAUGUUCUACGAUUUUUACCAGUCAAGCUAUACCAAGUCGACCAAAAGUAAAAAAAAUGAGCAGAAAAACGGUCUAAAUGGACACAAGAAGAG